AUGACGGCGAGCCCUGAACAGUUGAAGAAGCCGACGGUUGAGCAACAAAACGAGGUACCAACCAGAGAGAACGGCAUCGCCAGCACUGUCGACCUCGAACAGCUGUGGGCGUGGAAUCAGCAUGUGCCCUCCUAUUUGCAGCGCUGCAUGCACGAUAUCAUAACAGAGAAAUCUCAACUGCAGCCGGAUAAAAUCGCUGUCGAAUCUUGGGAUGGAAGCUUGACGUACCAAGAACUAGACAGCCUUUCAUCACAACUUGCUAGGCAGAUUCUACAGAAGAAUGCGGGAGCCGGUAGCAGAAUUCCGCUAUGCUUUGAAAAGUCAAUGUGGACUGUUGUUGCCGUCCUGGCAGUCAUGAAAGCCGGUGCUACAUUCUCCCUUACAGAUCCGAGCCAGCCAGUCGCACGAUUACAAACAAUAGUCGAGCAAACAGGGGCGAACCUCGUCAUCACUUCCGUGGCUCAGAGCGGGUUAGGCAAAGAAAUAUCCAGGGAGGGAGGCCAAGUUCUCGCCAUAUCUCGGGAUUAUUUUGACGGAAUCAAAGAGCCCGAAUUGAAACAAGACUUACCUCAGGUAUCUGCAGAGACGCCAAUGUACAUCAUUUUCACGUCUGGGAGCACAGGAAAGCCAAAGGGUGUUGUCAUUACCCACUGCAAUUAUACCAGUGGUGCGGUUCCUAGAGCAGAGGCCGUUGGCUACAAAUCAACUUCCCGUUGUUUCGACUUCCCCUCUUAUGCCUUUGAUGUAAGCAUUGACUGCAUGCUAUGUACACUGGCAGCUGGAGGGCAAAUAUGCGUACCAUCGGAAGAAGGGAGGAUGAACGAUCUUAGCGGUGCCAUUCGACAGAGUAAAGCCAACAUGGUUCACAUGACUCCUUCUGUCGCCAGAGUCUUGGAUUCCGACAUCAUCCCAUCUCUGGAUGUUCUAGGCCUGGGUGGUGAGGCAGUGUCUGCGAGCGAUGCGGCGGCCUGGAGUCAGCACACUAGUUUAAUUAUUGCGUAUGGACCAUCUGAGUGUACUGUCGGUUGUACCAUCAACAAUACGGUUACCAUCUCGACGGGCAUCGGCAAAGGUGUUGGCGGCGUGACCUGGAUUGUCGAUCCCGAUGACCACAACAUCCUCAUGCCUGUCGGGGCAGUUGGAGAGCUCAUCAUUGAGGGCCCAGUGGUCGGUGUCGGCUACCUGGAUGAACCAGAAAAAACAGCAGAGGUCUUUAUCGAAAACCCUUCAUGGUUGGUUUCCGGCUAUAGUGCCUUCCCCGGAAGACCUGGUAGGUUAUACAAGACAGGCGAUCUUGUGCGAUACGAAAGCAACGGCUCCGGCUCCAUUGAGUUUGUAGGUAGAAAAGAUCAACAAGUCAAGCUUCGGGGCCAACGAGUAGAACUCACGGAAGUUGAGCAUCACCUACGAGCCUGUUUGCCAGGCGGAAUCAAAGUCGCAGCAGAGGUGAUAAAGCCAGAGAAUGGGGGCGCCCCUUCACUUGUGGCAUUCCUUUCAGAAUCCAUCUCUGCUGGCGCUUCUGGAGUAGAUCCGGCCAUCGUCGAACCAUCUUCGGAGCUUAAAGCUGCCUUGGCAGCGGUCAAUGAAGCUAUGGGAGCCAGAGUGCCACGAUAUAUGGUCCCAGCGGCAUUCGUGACUCUUCAGCAUAUGCCUUCGUUGGUGUCUGGCAAAACGGACAGAAAAAAGCUACGUGAGAUUGGAGCUGCAAUUCCACGAGAUGUUUUCAGCCGAAUGCAAGCAACUGAACUCCAAGAGGAAGAAGAUCCAGAAACAGAAACAGAGAAAAAGUUGCAACAAGCAUGGAUCAAAGUCCUCGGUUCAGACGCAAAUAUAUACAGACAGAGCCACUUUUUUGCUUUGGGAGGCGACUCUCUGCGUGCCAUGAGACUUGUUGUCACUGCUCGCGAGCAAGGCAUCUCCUUGACGGUUGCUGACAUUUUUACGAAUCCAACGCUUAGUGGCAUGGCUUCAAAAGCUACUCAGGCGUCAGAAUCUUCUUUGGAUGAGAUUCCGCCGUUUUCAUUGUUAGAAGAGGAUUGGGAUCUAGAAAGUGCACGAAACGAGAUGUCCACUCUUUGUGGCGUUGAGGCCAGCGCUGUAGAGGAUGCAUAUCCAUGCACUCCUCUCCAGGAAGCCCUCAUGGCCUUGUCAGCCAAAGUCAAGGAAGCGUAUGUCGCCCAGAGAGUCGUGGAACUCAAGGAUGUCGCCACCGCUGAGAAGCUUAUCGAAGCAUUCGAUAUCGUACAGCAAGAUAGUCCCAUAUUGCGCACAAGAAUUGUGCAAAUCCCCGGGCGCGGCCUUGUACAGGUUGUCAUCAAGGAGAAGCUGAAUAAGUUCUCAGGUACCAAUCUCGAUGAGUAUCUGGUGAAUGAUAGGAAUGAUACAAUGGAGUUGGGCAAGAAUCUUGUCCGAUACGCUGUUAUUGAUGAUGCCACGACAGGAAAGGUCAGCUUCGUGCUUACCAUUCAUCACGCGUUAUACGAUGGCUGGUCUAUGCCCCUGGUCGUCGAUAGAGUAAACCAAGCCUAUAGCGAUCAGAUCUCAUCACGACCAGCGCAGUUCAAACACUUUAUCAAAUAUCUGUCGACUAUGGAUAUGGGUAACUCUGCAAAUUAUUGGCGAGAUCAGCUUUCAGGAACCAAUCCCUCCCAAUUUCCGCCUCUACCUUGGCAGGGAUAUCAGCCCCAGGCUGAUUCAUUGCUGGAACAAUAUAUUCCUCUAGAGGAUGGGAAAGCAUCAAAUGCUACUACCGCUACGAUUAUUAGAGCAGCGUGGGCUCUCGUAGCAUCUCAAUACAUCAACAGCACAGAUGUCGUCUUUGGAGAGACGUUAACCGGUCGAAACGCACCUGUUAUCGGGUCCGAGGAGAUUGAAGGACCAAUGAUCACAACCGUUCCCGUGCGUGUUCAAAUAGACCGGGAUAUGCAUAUUUCAGACUAUUUGCAAAGUAUUCAAGAACAGGUGGUGGGCCAAAUUCCCCACGAGCAUUUUGGUCUGCAACAUAUACGCAAACUCAGCCCUGACGCAUAUGAUGCAUGCGAAUUGCGGACAGGCCUGGUGCUACACCCAAGUGCAGAUGAUGAGCCCGUUCAGUCCGAUGAUCUCCCAGCGAGCUGUCUUGUCCCAGCGGGAGAUGCAGAAGCUGCUCAGGAGGCUCUCAAAUUCAACACCUACCCUCUCAUGCUAGUCUGUUCAAUAGAUCCGCGAGGAUUCCUCGUCAUGGCCAGUUUCGAUUCCAAGACUGUAUCAGUUCCUGUGAUGGAGAGGGCCCUGGACCAGUUUAAGCAGAUUGCACAGCUGUUGUGCAAACAAGGCUCAUCUACUCUAAGCAGUCUUCAAUCAUCUUUGACUAACACGGAUGCUGAAGAGCUCCGAGGUACAGUGCUUAAUGCAGACAUUAGCGAAGCAGCAAAGGAGUUUGCCGGUAUUCAAGCAGCCUAUGUCACAGAUUCCAAAGAUCCAAAUAUUCCUGUCCCGGUGUUCGCAGUUGGCGAGCUGAUCGUUCAACACCCAGAUGAAUUGCCCAGUUUGACUGAAAUCUCUCCGCCAACCUGGAUUGAGUCAGUAUCCAGUUCAGCUGCCCUAUCACAGGGCAAAUUCUACAGAACAGGACGUUUGGCCAAGUACGACUCAACUCAGAAGCCUGUCCGCAUCAAAUUGAUAGAUUCCUAUAACGAAAGAAACGCACAAGUGCCCCAAGCAGGAAUAGCCAAGAGUCGAAUAUCGGCGAGCUCCAGCAGACAGCGCAAGUUGCGCAGUCUAUGGGCCCGCGUGCUGCGCAUGAGCGAGGAGGACAUUGGCCUGAAUGAUGGAUUUUUCGUUCUUGGCGGUGAUUCCAUUGCCGCCAUGAAGCUCGUAUCAGAGGCUCGGGUCGAAGGAAUCAAAUUGACCGUGGUCCAGAUAUUCCAGAAACGGACCUUGUACGAAAUGGCCAGCGCCAUGGAGGAAGUCGAGAAGCCAACAUCGUCCACAGAUGUGACCACCACCUCAGAUAAGAUAGUGAAGCCAUUCUCCCUGAUCAAUCUACAAGAUGAGGAUGAGAAGUUGCGCUUCGUCAACGACAUUAUUGCUCCUCAGUUGGCCGAUUCAGCCUGGCGCAUAAACAAUGUUCUUCCUACACGCCCUCUGCAGCAGAUUGCCGUCAGGGGCACAACUCAGCUCCCACGCUUCUCGGCGCGAUAUGAAAUCAUGUAUUUCGACAAGGUUAUCAAUAAAGAAAAGAUGGUGGAGAGUUGCAAUCAGCUCGUGGCCCGCAACGAGAUACUACGCACUGUCUUCACGGAGCACCAAGACGAAGGCUACGCCGUCGUCCUAGAAGAACUCGUGCCAUCGUUUGUCGAGUACGCCAUCGAUGGCGACGUCGAGGCAUUUGCGCAACAGCUGUGCCGUCUGGAUGCCAUGACGAGAAUGCCACUGGGGUCAAGCUUUGUGAAAUGGCUCCUCGUUGAGUCAACCACCGGCCAGUCAUGCCUCAUCUUCCGCCUCUCGCACGCCCAAUACGAUGAGAUCUGCCUCCCCAUCAUGCUUCAGCAGCUCUCCAGCUUGUACCAAGACCAGCCAGUCCAAGAAACGGUUCCAUUCUCCGCCUAUGUCCAUCACGUCCUCGGCCGAAAUCUCCCCGAAAGCAUUCCUUACUGGACAGACCUCCUUUCAGGCUCAUCCCUGACCGUCCUCAAGCCGGACAUCCCCGUCCAGCAGCGGAACCACUUCGCCAUCCAGCACACCGUGGACAUAUCCUCGCGCCUCCGCGACAUCACCGUGGCCUCUCUCCCCACGGCCGCGUGGGCCCUGUGUCUCGCCAGUCGCCUCUCCCUGCGCGACGUCACGUUCGGCGAAGUCGUCAGCGGCCGCAACAUUGACUUUUCGCACGGCCCGGCCAACGCAAUUACAGGCCCCUGCUGGCAGUACAUCCCCGUUCGCGUGCGUUUCGAGCCAGGAUGCACCGCUCUGCAGGUCCUCUCCGCCGUGCAGCAUCAGCACAUUGCCAGCUCCGCCCACGAGGGCAUCAGUCUCAGUGAGAUAGCCACUCUGUGCGGCACCACUUGGCUGAGUGCUGAUGGCCCCAAGGCUUCUGAUCUGUGGUUCGACUCCGUCGUUCAUCAGGACGUUGAACAUAUCGAGAACCUAGCCUUUGCCGCUGCGGGAAGCAGUCGCUUGGAAACGCUCUAUGUACACGAAGAGCCUUUGCGCGAGUGGAAGAUUCAAGCAUUCGUUCACGACAACAGCAACAAGCUAACAUUGGAAAUUGUAACCUUUGAGAGCUGGGGAGGAUUCGCCAGAGAGUUACUGGAGGACUUGGUCGCUGCAGUAGCAAGCUUGCUGAGAAAUCCUCACGCCAGGUUAUUUGAGAAUGAAUCAGAGUAG